UCGGCGGGCAAAGAAGGAAGGAGGGAGGGAGCCGCGGGCAGCGGAAGGGGGAGGAGAGGACCCGGCCCAGUCAGUGCGCACUGGCCGGGCGCUCGAAGUGGGACACGGAGCAGCGGCGCCCGGACCGGUCAUCUCUGCACCGGCCGCCGAGUUCCCGUGGCCAAUGCCACAUUGUUCUUUCUGUGGAGGGAAGAAGGGAAGUUGAAGGCAGCAGCUUUUUCCUGGCUUGAGGAAGUUGGCUGGUUCCCUUGCAGGAUGCUCCAGACCUUGUAUGACUACUUCUGGUGGGAACGACUAUGGCUGCCUGUGAACUUAACCUGGGCUGAUCUAGAAGACAAAGAUGGACGUGUCUAUGCCAAAGCCUCAGACCUCUACAUCACACUCCCCCUGGCCCUGCUCUUUCUCAUCAUUCGAUACUUCUUUGAGCUUUAUGUGGCUACACCCCUGGCUGGCCUCCUGAAUGUUAAGGAGAAAACCCGACUGCGGGCGCCUCCCAAUGCCACCUUAGAGCACUUCUACCUGACCAGCGGCAAGCAGCCCAAGCAGGUGGAGGUAGAACUUUUGUCUCGGCAGAGUGGGCUCUCUGGACGCCAGGUAGAACGCUGGUUCCGCCGCCGCCGCAACCAGGACAGGCCCAGUCUUCUCAAGAAGUUCCGAGAAUCCAGCUGGAGAUUCACAUAUUACCUAAUUGCCUUUGUUGUUGGCAUGGCUGUCACUGUGGAUAAACCCUGGUUCUAUGACUUGAGAAAAGUUUGGGAGGGAUAUCCCAUACAGAGCAUCAUCCCUUCUCAGUAUUGGUACUACAUGAUUGAACUUUCCUUCUACUGGUCCCUGCUCUUCAGCAUUGCCUUUGAUGUCAAGCGGAAGGAUUUCAAGGAACAGAUCAUCCACCAUGUGGCCACCAUCAUUCUCCUCUGCUUCUCCUGGUUUGCCAAUUACGUGCGGGCAGGGACCCUCAUCAUGGCUCUGCAUGACUCUUCUGACUACCUGCUGGAGUCGGCCAAGAUGUUUAACUACGCGGGAUGGAAAAACACCUGCAACAACCUCUUCAUUGUGUUCGCCAUCGUUUUCAUCAUCACUCGGCUGGUUAUCAUGCCCUUCUGGAUCCUACGCUGCACAAUGAUCUACCCACUGGAGCUCUACCCUGCCUUCUUUGGCUAUUACUUCUUCAAUGCCAUGAUGGCAGUGUUACAGAUGCUCCAUAUCUUCUGGGCAUACUUAAUUCUGCGCAUGGCCCACAAGUUCAUAACUGGAAAGAUGAUAGAAGAUGAACGCAGCGACAGAGAAGAAACGGAGAGUUCAGAGGGGGAGGAGGCUGCAGCUGGGGCAGGAGCAAAGAGCCGGCUCCUAGCUAAUGGCCACCCCAUCCUCAAUAACAAUCAUCCUAAGAAUGACUGAACCAUUGUCCUAGCUGCCUCCCACAUCAAUACAUGAGGCCAAGAAACUAGCCAAGCCUCCCUUUAGGGGCACUGGAGGUCUGGGGAGAAAGGAUAGGAGGGUGGUCCACGUUGACCUCUCCAGGUAGAAAGGAGGCUUGGCUACAUCCUGUUGAGAGACAGGAUGGUCUUAUUUCCCUUUCUACCUUCCAAGCUACCCUUUCUCUUGCUAAUCCCUCUUCAGCUCUGAGGGUUGGAAUCAUAAUUCACAUUCCUCAUUCCUAAGACUCCUUGACUUCACGCCAGGGUUGUGCCUUACUGUCCCUUUUCUGGGCCUCAUUCUGCCAAAGCUGGACCAAGGUUCCACCUUUCUAAGCUUUCUAAGCUUCCUAGCUCAGGCCAAAAAUGAAAGCUGAGCUACUUUUAACUUUUUCCCUUCCUUAAAUACAAGUCAAUUAAACGAAGAAGGGUAUACAUGCCUCUCACUCUACCACAGGGACCAUGGUUCCUAGGAUCUCACUGCCUUCCUUCUCUGGCCUCCCUUUCCCCUCCCUUCUGCUAAGACAAGCUGGUGUGGAGUAGAAGGGCAACUAGUUCUGUUAUUUAUUGAACAUUUGGGGUUUCAGUUGUAAAGUCAGAACUACAGCUAGGACUUGGCAUUUAGGUGAGGGACCAUUUCAGACCAAAAUGUACUGUUAAUUUUUUUUUAAUUAAAGUAUAUUAAAGGUUAAAUAAAACA